CCGCCAAUUCUAACGGUCGCCGGUAGCAGGGCAGACUCGCCCGUGUACAAGAGCACCGACCAAUAAUUCUGUGAAGGGCUUCUGAGUGAUGGAACCCGGCGUCCAAUUACAGCGAAGGGGCGGGGAUUGCCGCUUCGGGUUUCCUCUCCGGCUCGGUUUCCCCCCUCCCCCCCCGCGGGUUCUUCGCUGCGAAGAAAAUGGCGGCGGCGCCGAGCGGAGAUGAGGAGAGAUUGGAAGAAAAAUCUGAGGACCAAGACUUGCAGGGCCUGAAGGACAAGUCCCCCAAACUCAAAAAAGCCAAGAAGGAGCGAAAGGAGGAAAAACAACAUGAGCAUGCACAGCCUUCUGCUGAACCAGCUGAAGCAGGCAAGGCGGAGAUGUUGGAAGGAGCUGGGAGUGCUCCAGCUGCACCAGAAGCUUCAGCAUCUCCCAAACAACGCCGUUCUGUCAUCCGGGAUCGUGGCCCCAUGUACGAUGACCCCACCUUGCCUGAAGGCUGGACCAGGAAGCUGAAGCAAAGAAAGUCUGGUCGCUCAGCAGGAAAAUAUGAUGUAUACCUUAUCAAUCCCCAGGGCAAGGCCUUCCGCUCCAAAGUGGAGCUCAUUGCCUACUUCGAAAAGGUCGGCGACACCUCAUUGGAUCCUAAUGAUUUUGAUUUCACGGUGACUGGACGCGGGAGCCCCUCUCGGCGAGAACAAAAGCCUGCCAAGAAACCCAAAAGCAUUAAGACUACCGGCACAGGUCGUGGACGGGGACGGCCAAAGGGCAGUGGCUCUGCCAAGCCCCGAGGAGCUGCCUCGGAAGGCGUCCAAGUGAAGCGAGUGAUUGAGAAAAGUUCCGGAAAGCUGCUGGUCAAGAUGCCUUUGCAGUCCUCUGCCGCAGGGGCCAAGGUGGAAGGCGCGGGCGGGGCUACCACCUCGUCACAGGUCAUGGUCAUCAAGCGCCCUGGACGCAAACGGAAAUCUGAAUCAGACCCGCAGGCUGUACCCAAGAAGCGGGGCCGUAAGCCAGGCAGUGGGGCAGCAGCUGCAGUGGCUGAAGCCAAAAAGAAAGCUGUCAAGGAGCCUGUGGUCCAGGCUGUCCGGGAGACUCUGCUGCCCAUCAAGAAGCGCAAGACCCGUGAAGCUGUUAGCAUAGAGAUAACCAAGCCAGCUCCACCUCCCCCCAGCAACACCGGGGAGUGGAGCCCCAAAGGACAGCGGACGGCUGCCAAGAGCCCUGGGCGUCGCAGCAAAGAAAGCAGCCCAAAAGGGCGGGGUGGCAAUGCUGUGCCAUCCUCUGCUCCUUCCUCCUCCCCUGGCAAGAAGGAUCAGCACCACACUCCCCAUCAGCCACCAACAGAGCCCCAGGGCAGCCCUCCUGCUCAGUCCCCUGAAAGCCCCAAGGACAGCAAGAGCUUUCCAGCUGAACCCCAGGACUUGAGCAGCAGCAAGAGCUGUAAAGAGGAGAAGGCUCCAGAAAGCGACGGCUGUCCCAAGGAACCACCUAAGACUCAGCCCGGCGGCACAGCAGUGCCAUACAAACAUGAGCGCAAAGACACUGUGUCGUCCUCCGCGGCCUUGCCCCGGCCCACAAACAGGGAUGAGGCCGUGGAUACCAGGACGCCUGUGUCAGAGCGGGUCAGCUGACUUUGAGGGGGGUGAGUGAGCAAGUAAGCGCCAGAGGAAACAAAGAGAGGGACAGGCACUCCCAGCCCCACACACCCAGAUGAGACUCCAGGCAGCUGCCGGAUAGGACUCCCCUUUCCCCACGCUGCCCUGGCUUUCAACCAAUCAGCUUCCCCCAAACUCUUCUUCCUUCAUUUCUCUCCUUCCCCCAUUUUUAAUUCAGACAAGCACAGUGUGGGGUGCAGAGACAUGCCUCCCAGGGCUGGAAGCCACUUUGCACUUUUUUCUACAGAAUGGCGGGCACCCUCUUCUUUUUUUUCUUCCCGCAUCCAUACCUGCCCCAUCCCCUUCUGCCAUGCUUUGCUGCAAAUACUACUGACAAGGCAAGCUGUUUGGCAGGGGAGGGGCAGCUCUAAACUCUGGCCUGUCACCCUGAUCCUGCUUGCCCUCCAUGUUGCAGAUUCCCCAUGGACAGAUGGGGGAGGGAAGGGCAUGUGUGUAUUUCCACUCCACCUCCCUAGUGCCAUGUAGUCUAGUUGUCCAGUCUUAGUUGGAGUUCUGUAGUUGUCAGUAGGAUGUGUGUGUGUGUACACAUGAGAGAGAAAGCAGUGGGGUUGUGGUGCACUGGGGAACCAAUAGCCCCCCCCCACCUGCCGGCUAGACCAGCAAUUAGGAAGGAAACGCUUUCUCCACAAGGACAGUUCUGCUGCUAUGAGACCACUGGGAUUCUGGGGGCAGCUUUGAAAGCAUGUUCUCCUCUCCUACGUCUGUCCUGAAAGGAGGAGCCUUUGAUUUCGUUAAAGCAAUCUGAGUGUGCUUAAGUGUGCAUGUGUGCGUGCGAGUGUGAGUGUGUGCUUGUCACAUGCUAAAGGUUUAAAAUGAGACGUUCUUCCAGUUGUUGUCAGUGAUGUUAGCUUAGGGAACCGUUUGCACUAAUGGAGGCUUUUGCCCGCCUGCUGUGAGGCAAAGGUGUGAAAGAUGUACGGAGUGUUCCUGUGUGUUUCUUGGGAUGGGGCAUUUUGACUGGCUCACCUCUCCACUCUACUGCUGGGGCAGGAAGGUGGCUGAAUGUGUGUAAAAACUACCUGUAUGUCUGUGCUGGUACAUGGCAGUGGCUGAACUGAGAAGCCUGGCAUUUGUCAUUUCAAAGGACUUCCUUCUGGCUGGCAACUGAACUCUUCCAUGGCAGUUGAGCACAUCUCUCCCUACUCCCCAGGCAAGCAAGGCUCAGAAAAUGUGUAGCACCUAUUGAGGAUAGGACUUUUCUUUCUUUCUUUCUUUCUUUCUUUCUUUCUUUCUUUCUUUCUUUCUUUCUUUCUUUCUUU